UUUACUUAGUGCGUUAUGCAGACAGCACUGUUAUUUGAAUCUGCUAAGAUGGCACCUAUAAGAUCAUUGCUAGAGUAUAUAAGAGGGUUUCGUCGUUCGCGCACGAUAAAAGGUGUCCGGCUAUUCGAACGAGUGCAUCGUACAACGUUCUUACAUGUAUAAAAAAGUUUAAUUAAAAUUUGAGCAACAAAGCCGUAAAUGAUGGCGUUAGCUUACAAAUUUGUCAUUUUUUUUCUUCUUAUUAUCUCACAUGUGAAAAAAACUACUACAACUACUGCUUCUACCCCUUACGACUUCAGGAAAAGUACGGGAGUUAUUAACUUUGUCUCAGUGAAAAGCAACAACGAAUUAACGCCUUCAGUUACUCCAUGUAUUGUAACUAAACCAACACCUGGUAACAUACAAGAAGUUACCUUUAAUUUUUCUAACAUGGGUCUUCAGAAAAUCGGUCCAGAGUUUAUUAAAAGUGACGACAUCAUCAGCCUCAUUCUCGACACUAAUAGUAUAAGUGAUAUUUCGCAAUACGCUUUUCGCAGAAUGCGAAAUCUUCAUUAUCUGAAUCUUUCGGGGAACAGAAUUUCGAAGGAAAAAAUACUAUCGUUUAACGGAACCGACAGACUAAUGACUCUUAUUAUCAACAAUAACAGUGACGACAGUACUGUAGAUGAGUUAAAGGAAUACGCAAUUUUCCAUAACUUGAGAAAUUUAUAUCUGAGCAAUAGUCAGUUGGAGAAUAUGCAAAUUCCAUUCAAUAUAACAACACCUAGAUUGACUAGUUUGUAUCUGAGCAACAACAACAUUACUUCCAAAGUUGUCUUUGACAACAUUCCAUGGACGUUGACUCAUCUUUAUCUGGACAGGAAUUCAAUUGAUCGAGUUGAACACGACAAACUUAGAUAUCUACAAGAGCUCGUUAUGAACAACAAUAUUAUUACCAAAGUGUGCUUGGAAUGUUCAGGGGAAUCCAUAUCCUUGAAAAGCGCUACUAAUAUGCGGAAGUUGAUUCUAUCAGAAAACGUAAUUUCGGAAGUGUCACCCGAUGCAUUCAGAAACACGGGACGUCUACAAAAUUUGGACUUAUCAAACAAUAAGAUUGUCAAUUUGGACAAUGACACUUUCAGUAACAUGUUACGCUUAAUCAAUCUCUCCUUGGCUAAUAAUAUCCUUACUGCUGUACCAAACGUGUGUUCCAUGACACAGUUAAAAAUUUUGAACUUGGCUGGAAAUCGUAUUGGCGCGGUUCGCUCUAACAGUUUCAAAUGCUCCAUGCAACUGGAAAAUUUGUUUUUAUCAAAUAACAAUAUGACUACUAUUGAGACCGGGGCUUUUUUUUAUCUCACUAGCCUAAAGUAUCUCGAUCUUUCUAAAAACCACUUGAAGGAACUUCCGACGUCGUGGUCACAUGUAACUUAUAAUGACUAUAAUUAUCGUAAUUAUAAUUCUUCUAAUGGUUUGCAGGAGUUGCAUCUUGAACAAAAUAACUUUAACACUCUAGCUGACAUAUCGCUAAAUGGUCUCACAUUUCUACAACAUGUUUAUAUUGACGAAAACCCUAUACUAACAUUAAACGUAAAGCAUAUGAAGAAUCUUCCGUCGCAAUUGACAUUCCAUGUGAGAAAUAUGCAAGAGAAACCGGAUAUAAUAUUACCGAUAGAACCGAUAACCGACUACAGUGAUGAAGAGAAUGAACAAAGCAACGAGUGGGUGUAAAAACGAGAAUGUAAGAAAACUAAUAGUAAGACUACACUAUAAAGCAGAAGAGUGUUAUAAAUUAUAUAUGAUUAUUAUUAUACAACUAUAGUUUUGUUUUUUAUAACUUAAAAACACAGAACAUACUUUCGCUAACACAACUAUAUAUUUCUGAAGUUUUGAUUGUUUCUUAGUUAAACUUUAUCUUGUACUUUUUUCAACAACAGUUUUUUACUAUUUCAAAUUGAACAGUAUAUUGCAAAACAAUAAGAGAUAUGGAGGAUAAUGACAUCAGUUAAUUGUAUCAAUUUUAUAAUUUUGUUAGGUUUUUUUUAACACUUCUUCUUCUGCUUUUUCUUGUACAGUAUUAACUUUAUCGUUUAUCACCGCACAUAUAAAGUGCACGUGUUUGCGAAUAACAAUUUUAUAUUUUUAUAAUGAUACAUUCGUUAACACGAUUUUUUGACAAUAAUCGCUUGCAGUUGCGCUUUUUAAGUAGUCAAAUAACUACUUUGUUUGCUUUAGUAGAGUGUCUAGUUUUAUUACUUUAAAUGCGCAAAUUUUUAAAUAUAAUACAUAUUGUUUUCCUCUAAACUGCGUUAUAUGUUAAAUACGUACUAACUGUAACUGUAUACAUUUAUAUCGCUUAUA